AUGGCCCUCGUUGAGGUCUACGUUCCAUCAGAAGAAUCAAGGCACAUUCUUCAUGAAAUUGGUAAUUUGGGCCUGAUGCAAUUCAAAGAUUUAAAUAGCGGCGUGAAUGAGUUUCAAAGAGCUUUCGUUCAGGAAUUGAGAACUCUCGACAACAUUGAGCGCCAGUAUACUUUUUUGAAAUCGGCUCUUGACAAGAAAGGCAUUAGUCUCAACGCUCAUCCUUAUGAGACUAAUGACGUACAAGUGUCUGAUAUAGAUGAGUAUGCUCAAAAUGCUGCUUUAUUGGAAUCCCGAGUUCACCAAUUGUCCAAUUCUGCUGAUGGCCUUCAGGAAAAGAAACUGGAACUCAUUCAAUACAGAAGCGCGAUCAAAACUGUGGACAAUUUCUUCGCCACUGGCGACUCCCGUGAGGUACUUCCGCCUUCAGUCGUUGACGAAAGCUUGAACAGUGGCUCGAAGUUUGUAACGGGGGCCAUAGAUCGUGAAAAAAUUGGUAUCCUUCAACAAAUACUUUGGAGAGCAUUGAGGGGUAAUAUGUAUUUCUAUACCGAGGAGAUCGCGCAACUCGUAUUUGAUCCGAAGCGUGGUUGUGAUGUGCCCAAAAAUGUUUUCAUCAUAUUCUCCCAUGGACUUUUGAUUCAUCAUCGAAUCCUCAAAAUUGCGGAAUCUUUGGACGCAAAAGUCUUUGACAUAAACAUGGGCUCGGAUGAAAGACUGCGUCAGAUUUCUCAUCUAGAUGGGGAGCUUAGGGAUUUGAACGUUGUUUUAAAGGAAACUGACAACGCUCUCUGCUCUGAAUUAAUUGCUGUUUCUCGUGAUUUGCCAAAAUGGUGGGAGGUGAUUGCCAAGGAGAAGCGCGUUUACCAAGUGAUGAAUCUCUGUAAUUAUGACAUUCUGAGAAAAACACUUAUUGCUGAAGGCUGGGUCCCUGAAGAUGAAAUCCAGAGUCUUACUGCGAAGGUUAGGUCGCUGAGCUCUUCCGAGUCUGUUCCGACGAUCGUGAGCAUCUUGGAAACAUCAAAGACUCCUCCGACUUAUCACCGAACAAAUAAGUUUACAUCAGCCUUUCAAAGUAUCUGCGAUACGUACGGAAUUGCAUCUUAUCAGGAGAUCAACCCCGGGCUUCCUACAAUUAUUACUUUCCCCUUUAUGUUUGCCAUUAUGUUUGGUGAUUUGGGCCACGGAUUUCUUAUGUUCCUCGCUGCGUCAAUUUUAGUUCUCAAGGAAGAACAUAUUAGCACCCUUAAAAGAGAUGAGAUUUUUGACAUGGCUUUUUCAGGUCGCUACAUUUUGCUCAUGAUGGGAGCUUUUUCGAUGUACACUGGUCUCAUGUACAACGAUAUCUUUUCUAAAUCGCUCACAUUGUUUUCUUCAGGCUGGCAAUGGCCUAGUGACUACAAAGAGGGGGAACUUGUGACUGCGACCCAGGUAGGUGUCUAUCCAUUUGGCUUAGAUUGGGCGUGGCAUGGCAGCGAGAAUGCGCUUCUUUUUUCGAACUCAUACAAGAUGAAACUAUCAGUAUUGAUGGGUUAUUUACACAUGACUUAUUCAUAUUUUUUUUCAUUGCUGAAUGCUAUAUAUUUCCGAAGCAUGAUCGACAUCAUCGGAAAUUUUGUCCCAGGAUUGCUCUUCAUGCAAUCCAUAUUUGGGUAUUUGUCGCUUUGCAUUGUGUACAAGUGGUCAGUUGACUGGAUCGAGUCCCAAGAACAACCACCCGGUUUGUUGAACAUGUUGAUAACGAUGUUCUUGUCUCCUGGUACAGUCGUUGAACCUCUCUACAGUCACCAAAGUGUUGUUCAGUUGACGUUACUUCUGAUCGCUUUGAUUUGCGUUCCCUGGCUAGUUUUUGUUAAGCCGUUUUAUCUCAAGCAUAAGAUGUCGUUGAAGGAAUCCAGGGACUCAUAUGAAGCGAUCAUUAACGAAGAAACUGAUUUCACAGGCCAAGCGGAUGAUGCAAUGCACACUUCGUUACAGGGAGAUGAAUCGCUGGUUUCACAUGAGGAUGAGGAAGAUGAAGGAUUUGGAGACAUCAUGAUCCAUCAAGUCAUUCACACCAUCGAAUUCUGUUUGAAUUGCGUAUCACAUACUGCAUCUUACCUUAGGCUUUGGGCACUCUCUUUGGCACACGCUCAACUUUCGACGGUUUUAUGGACAAUGACGCUCGAGAAUGCUUUUGGCCCUUCUGGCGCUCUUGGGGUCAUCAUGACAGUUUUUCUCUUCGGUAUGUGGUUUUGUCUUACUGUUGUCAUAUUGGUGAUAAUGGAAGGAACUUCAGCAAUGUUGCAUUCUUUGAGAUUGCACUGGGUUGAGUCUAUGUCUAAAUUUUUUGAGGGUGAGGGCUAUCUCUAUCAGCCUUUUGAAUUUGGGCAAAUUCUUGAGAACCGUCUUUGA